ACCUCCAUCAUUGCCUAAGUGGUUGACAACAUAUACAACACAACAUCAUCCUCGUGCCAUGUCGGCAUUAGGUCAUACAGCAAAUAUGCUGGGCAGACAUCGAGCACUGUCUCGAAAUGUUGCCCAGCUUUCCAAUACUCGACCAACACGAAGAUCAUUUUCAACCCGCAUCAUCAGUCGCACUGCACAAAGACCACAAUUACUUCACCCUUUCCACAAUCAAUACAGAACCAUGCAUGUACGAGCAUUGAGCUUCAGCUCAGUUCCUAGAGCCAUGUUGCGGGCCUUCCGCGUGCCAGGAUAUGCAAUGUUGACUGGUGGCGGCGCUGCUGCUUAUGCUAGUUGGAGAUUGGACGACUUUCGUGGAAAGAUGGGCGGACUUUUAUCCGACGCAGCAGAUAGAGCUUCUGAUAUGUUUGGAACUCUAUCAGGUGCCACGGGCGAGGCUAUGAACGAUGCUCAAGUACGUUGGCAAAAAGUACAAGAGCAUCUAAACUCGGUAGAGGCACCUGACUUCCUACGUAAUCUCUUCAAAUCAUUCGAAGGCAAUGGGAAAGGACAGAAAGGAACAGAAGGUGGAAGCGAAGGUGCUAGUGGUAGUAGCGGAGGUGGAAGUAGUGGUGCUGGUCCGGCAGCUGCUCUGAGUGCUGCAGUUCUCUCAUCUGAUGAGGCAAAGGCUGACUUACAAGAGGGCUUACCGUCUCCAAAGACAGCCACAGAGGAAUUGAUGUUACUCACACGCAAGCUUAUCGAGAUUCGUAACAUCCUCAAAACUGUCGAUCACGAGACUGAUGCAUUGACUUUGCCAAGCAUUGUGGUCAUCGGUAGUCAAAGUAGCGGAAAGAGUAGUGUACUAGAAGCAAUUGUCGGUCAUGAAUUCUUACCGAAGGGCAACAAUAUGGUUACGCGCCGGCCGAUCGAAUUGACUCUGAUCCAUACAUCACCAUCCAAUGCAGGCCGUAGCAGUGGGCCAGUGGAGUAUGCCGAAUUCCCUGGUACUGGAAUGGGCAAAGUCACAGACUUCAAACAGGUGCAAAAGAUGCUAUUUGACCAAAACAUGGCUGUCACCGCUGAAGAGUGCGUCUCAGACACGCCUAUCGAACUUCGUAUUUACAGUCCACACGUUCCAGAUUUGACGCUGAUCGACUUGCCAGGAUAUGUGCAGUUGUCAUCGAUGGAUCAACCCGAACAAUUACGUGAAAAGAUCUCAAAUUUGUGUGACAAAUACAUUGCUGAGCCUAACAUCAUCUUGGCAGUUUGCGCUGCUGAUGUGGAUCUAGCAAACUCUCCCGCUUUACGUGCAUCCCGAAAAGUUGAUCCUCUUGGUUUGCGGACGAUCGGUGUGAUUACAAAGAUGGAUCUUGUGGAACCAGCAGCAGGUGCAGGAAUCUUGAACAACAAUAAAUACCCACUCGCACUAGGAUACAUUGGUGUGAUUUGCAAGAAUAAGUUGGGCGUCUUCCAAAAUGCUUCUGGUCAUGAUGCCAUCUCUGGUAAUGGUGCCCUUACGGCUCGUACGUUCAAGGAGGAGGAAGAGUACUUUGCAAGAAACAAGGAGCACUUUGCUCCUCCUGCACGAGGUCGUAAUAAGGGUGUUGAGCCAAUGGUCGGUACUUCCACUUUACAGAGAAGAUUGAUGAGUGUAUUGGAAGAAAGUAUGGGUUCAUCACUUCACGGAAUCGCCAAUGCUGUUCAAAGAGAAUGCGAAGAAGUCUGUUAUCAAUUCAAGGUUCAAUACAACGACCGAAGCAUUACUGCAGAAAGUUACGUUGCAGAAACGAUGGAUGCUCUCAAGCUUAAGUUUAAAGAAUUUACCGAACGUUUUGGAAAGCCAGAAGUGAGGCAUUUGCUGAAAUGGAACUUGGAUGAGAAAGUGAUGGACAUCUUGGCACAAAUGUACUGGGAAGAUCCACGUGCAGAAGAAUUAUUCAAGUUGGCAGAGGACCGCAAAUUAGAAGCAGCAGAUUUGGAUCGUUACUGGCAAUACAAGAUUGACGCAAGCAGUUCAGCUUUGACAAAGAGUGGAAUUGGUAGAACGAGUACUCAGAUUGUGGUAGAUGCAUUAAGACAUCAAGUAGAGCAACUUGCAGAAAGUGAACCAUUCAAUCAUCACCCUGAAGCGAAAGAACGAAUCUUGAACUUUUGCACCGAUAUUUUGCGUGAACGAUUCAGCUUGACGAGUGAUCAAGUGGAAAAUUGCAUCAAACCGUUCAAAUAUGAAGUUGAAAUGGAUAAAAGUGAAUGGGAAGAAGGAAGGACUAGAAGCGUGUCUCUCCUGGAAAGAGAGUUGAAGAUGUGUCAAGACGCUGAAGAAAAAAUCCGUAAAGCGAUCGGCAAGAGGCGAUUAAAAAAAGCGAUUGAUUAUGUACAACAAUUAGAGGAACGAAAGCGAAAGAUUGCCCUGUCUAAGAUACAGGAGGUUGAAGGUGAAGCGACCAACACCGCUAUUGAUGAACAACAACAAUUAUUGGCCCCUGAAUAUUCCAACGCACUCCUAGGAAAAGCUCGUGAAGCGAUGUUUUUGAAUCAUCGAUCGAACAUUCUCAAACUUCGAAUGAAUGCUUUGAAGUCGAAGAGAUGCAAAGGUGGUCCGGACAAUCGAGCAUUCUGUCCUGAAGCUUUCUUGAACGUUGUUGCCGAUAAGCUGACUUAUACAGCAGUGAUGUUUAUCAAUAUCGAACUUCUUGCUGAAUUCUUUUAUCAAUUCCCACGUGAGAUUGAUAGUCAUUUGGUGUAUGAUAUGGACAAACAAGAACUUACGAGGUUUGCACGGGAGAAUCCAACCAUUCGAGCACACCUAGAGUUACAAGACAAAAAGGAAAAGUUGGAAUUGGUGAUGGAUAAACUUGAUUCUUUGGUCAAAAUUUAUCAAGAAAAACAAGCUCCUAGGCGGGAUUCCACCAGUAAGAAAUGGUCCAUAUUUUGAUGAACUCUUAAGAGAUGCUUGAUCUUGUUGCUGAAGUUUAUUCUUCAUUUGUACUUUUGUUCCACGUUUCUAUUCGUAAUUAUACCACUACUAUGCUUUAAUUUUACUAUUUGUGAU